AUGUUCAGCAGAGCAAUUAAGCAAGCCGUACAAAUACCACGCAUCUCAGCUCGUUCGUAUGCUUCAGAGGCAGGUGCAGCAGAUAAGCUGAGAUUGCAAUUCGCAUUACCACACCAAACAAUCUUCCAAGAUAAAGAAGUUUUACAAGUCAGUGUACCUGCGCAGACUGGUGAAAUGGGAAUUCUCUCGCACCACGUUCCAUCCGUUGAAGCAUUGAAAGCGGGCGUUGUAGAGGUUAUUGAGAGCGCUGGACAAUCCACCAAGUAUUUCAUCUCCUCUGGAUUCGCCAGUGUCCACCCAAACAACACACUCACCAUUAACGCAGUUGAAGCGUACGAUUUGAGUGCAUUCGACAAGAGCGCCCUUCAACAAUCCAUCGCAGACGCCAGAAAGUCAUCUUCAUCUGCCAGCGACGCUGAAAAGGCAGAGGCCGAAAUUGAGUUAGAAGUCUACAGCGAGUUGGAAGCUGCACUCAAAUAA